AUGCCCGCGAGAGCGCUCGCUCUGGUCGCCUUACUAGCUGCAGCUGUUUCGUGCGUACCGUCGACCCAGGACCUCAGGACCGACAUAACUAUCAUUCGAGACAAUGACCUCCUUGACUCGCAAAGCCCAGCGGCCAAUACAAGCGCUCUCUUCCUCAGGGCGCGGGUGCCUUUACGAGAGGCAAAGUCCAUGUGUAAAGAUCUAGGCGAAAAGCUGUGGGAAGCAGAUUCAAACUCCACGCAGAGGAUAUUAGACAUUCUCGACUAUCAAGAGCCCGAUGUUGACUUGUCAGCAAUCUGGGUCAUGCCCAAGAACGGCGAUGAUCCCCAGACGAUCAAUCUCAAAGGCGAGGUCUCCUCUGCCGACACAUCCGACACGAAUACCGUUCUGUGCACGCAGACGGCGCCAUACUCCAACGGUAUAGCCCAGGAUAGCAGUCCGAGGUGGCAGACUGUGGUCUACUCCAACAGAGAAGCAGUACUUGGCUUUCGCGAUAGGAAUAGCUUCCGCUUUCAUGGUAUGCGUUACGCUACGAGGACGAAGCGGUUCGCAUACCCUAAAAUGUAUCGAGGCUCUGGCGGUAAUGCUACCGCACUCGAAUUCGGAUCCCCUUGCUAUCAGGGGUUCGGCGGCACAGAAGAUUGCCUGUACCUGAACGUUUACACGCCGUAUCUUCCCCGUAACAGACGCAUCGACAGCGGUCUCCGGCCGGUCAUGUUUUGGAUUCACGGUGGAGCUCUCACGAGUGGCUUUGGUAGUGAUCCCCUGUUCGACGGGGGUAAUCUGGCAUCCCGUGGCGACGUAGUCGUCGUGACCAUAAACUACCGGCUUGGGUCUCUGGGCUAUUUGGCCAUCGACGAUGGCGAGAUAAAUGGCAACUUUGGCCUCGCUGACCAGAUUCUGGCGUUGGACUGGGUCCGACAACACAUCCGAGACUUUGGCGGAGACCCAAGCAAGAUCACCAUAUUUGGCCAAUCCGCCGGAGCUGCCUCCGUCCGCGCGAUGAUGGCGUCUCCAAAGGCUGCUGGGAAGUUUGCGGGCGCGAUUCCGCUCAGCAAUCUUGGAGGCUUGGCGUACGGGACGUCAUACUCCAAGUACUUCUCCAUCGAGGAACAGCUAGACCUCGUGGGUAACGCCAUCCUCGGCACCACGAACUGCACCAAUGCAACUUCGCAGCUCGACUGUCUUAGAGACGCGCCGCUUGGAAGUCUCGGACCAGGAGCGCGGUAUCUCGUCAACGACGGUGUCUACCUGACGACAGAUGAGCUGCCCCUCAGGGGAGACUCUCUCAAUGUCAACGUCAUGAUGGGCAUCACAUCUGAGGACGGCUUGCCGUUUCUGAUUCUCCCGCGGAAUGGGACAGUACUCAACGAUACCCAGUGGCUCACAUCUCAGGGCCUCCCAGCUCCGCCACAGCGUCUUUUCCCUCCGACAGAUGUCAGAAACCAGACGCGGGCGUCAUUCGGGGUGGGAGCCAGGCUCGCCACCGACGCGAUGUUCCGCUGCGUAGAUCAAGCUACGGCGUACGCGGGCUUGGAGAACGGCGUCCUCGGGUCCAAGGUGUACUACUACGAGUUCGAGCGGACGUACCAGACGCCCGAGUGGCCGAGACUCGACAUCUGCGAGGCACCCAAGUCAAAGGCUCAUCCGAAUGGAGAUCCCGAGUCGCCCGCCAAUAACCUCCGAUGCCACUCGGGCGAGUUACUUCCGCUAUUUGGCAAUCUCGUACGUCAGGGAAACCCGCUCCGUGACGAGAACGACUUGCCCUGGAUGCAAUAUCUCGUCGACACGUUCACCUCGUUUGCACGAACUUAUGAUCCUAAUCCAGAUAAGGCCUUCCUCAGGGCUAGAGGGUUCGGCAGCACGUUGAGGGCGUUAGAAAAGUCCGGGCCCUGGGAGCCGUCGGUGAAAGGCGACAUGAAGAUGAGGGCCAUCGAUUGGCCCGUGAAAGACCACAUGAUGAGAGGAUUCAAGGAUGUCGAGCAGUGCGAGUGGCUGAAGCUGCCGCUUGACUUUUACGUUUGA